AUGGCGGGCAACGCUGGAUAUGACAGACAUAUCACCAUUUUCUCGGAACAGGGAAGGUUGUUCCAAGUCGAAUAUGCCUUCAAGGCGAUCACAGCUGCGAACAUCAUGUCGAUUGGUGUACGGGGCAAGGACUGCGCCGUAGUCCUGUCCCAAAAGAAGGUGCCGGAUAAACUCAUCGACCCCUCGUCCGUUUCGCACAUCUUUCAGAUCUCGCCGUCGGUUGGCUGCGUCAUGACGGGGUCCAUCGCCGAUGCGCGGGCGUUUGCGCAGCGCGCCCAGUCCGAAGCUGCAGAGUUCAAGUACAAGUUUGGUUACGAGAUGCCAUGCGACGCCUUGGCUAAGCGGCUUGCCAAUAUCAGCCAAGUCUAUACUCAACGGGCGUACAUGCGGCCGUAUGGCGUUGCAACCACGCUGAUAUCCCUCGACUCCGAGUUCGGACCCCAGCUGUUCAAGACCGAUCCUGCUGGCUACUACAUUGGGUACAAGGGCACCGCCGCCGGGCCCAAGCAGCAAGAGGCGCUCAACCAGCUCGAGAAGAAGCUCAAGAACAAGGACUGCGCGCCCGGUGAUUGGAAGGACGUUGUGGAGCUGGCCAUCACUACGCUCAGUUCUGUACUCAGCAUGGACUUCAAGAAGACCGAGAUUGAGAUUGGGAUUGUGGGAGGGCCGCGCCCAGAUGGCAAGGAGGGAACGUACCCAGGCUUCAGGAAGCUAACGGAGGACGAGAUCGACGAGAGGUUACAGGCAAUUGCCGAGAAGGACUGA